CAAAGAACACAUCUGACAGGGACUGUCAAAAAAUUAAAAAUCGUAUUUUUCGAUCGAUUUGGUGAUCGUGCCACUGCCAGUGUGAGUGUCCGAAAACCAUAAAAUUUUGGCAAAAUGGCAUCAAACGCACUGAAAAACUCCAUAAUUCGUCACGUUGGGACGAGAGGUUACGCUCAGGCCGCUCAGGCUGCCAUGAGGCAUCCUGCUGCUGCCAUACAGUUUGGUAGGAACCAGAACAACACAUUCAUUGCUGCUUUGGACAACGGGUCUCCAGUCACAAGGGUGACUGUAGCCUUCAAGGCUGGCUCCCGAUAUGAGGCUCUAACUGAGCUGGGUCUGACUCAUGUCCUUCGCACAGCAGCCGGACAGAGCACCGGGUGUGCCAGUGGCUUCAUCCUUGCUCGUAAACUGGCCCAAAUUGGAGCCUCCGUCACUUGCUCUGGUGACCGCGAGUUCAUCUAUUACACACUUGAGACAACAAAAGAAAACUUGAGCCCUGCUCUAGAGUGCCUGCAGAACCUGAUCUCCAGCCAGGAGUUCAGGCCGUGGGAGCUCAGCGACAACGUGCCCCGCCUGAAAUACGAUAUUGUUGCCCUCGCGCCUCAGGUGCGCGCCGUAGACCUCCUCCACAAGGCAGCGUUCCGCAGAGGCCUGGGCAACUCGCUGUUCAUCUCGCCCAAGAAGAUCGGGAAGGUCUCUUCCGAGUCUCUGCAGCAUUAUGCCGCCUCUACCCUCACACCGGCGCGCUGCGCGGUGGCCGUAGUCGGCGAGAGCAAGGAAAUCGCCACCAUGAUCGCUCAGUCUCUGCAGCUGAACACCGCCGCAGAUGCUCAAGGCGAAGCUGGCAAGUACUUUGGUGGAGAACUGAGGAAGGAGACCGGCGGUGACCUCGUGCACGUAGCUCUCGGGCUGCAGGGCGCCGCGGCCGGCACCCCGCAGUCCCUCGCCCUCGCCGUCGCUGCCAAAGCCUUGGGCAACGGUCCGGUAACCAAGUGGGGCGCCGACAACUCUGUGCUGGCGAGGGCCAUCGGCAACAUCGGGCCGUUCGCGGCGGCCGGGUUCAGCGUGGCCUACUCCGACACCGGGCUCUUCGGCGCCGUGCUGUCCGUGCCUAAGGAUGAGGCCGCACAGGCAAUCAAAGCAGUAGCCAAAGCUAUCCGCUCGCCGGCGUCCGCGGACGCAGUGAAGGCCGCCAAGGCCCAGCUGAAGGUGCAGCUGCUGAACGAGGCCGACGAAGGCACCAACCUGGCCGAGAACAUCGCCGCGCAGGGCCUCAACACCGGCUCGGCCAGGAACCCCAUCGAGCUGGCUGGCGCUGUUGAACAAGUUACGGCUUCAGAUGUUGCACAGGCUGUUGCGGCUGCCGCCAAGAGCCCGCUCGCGAUGGCCUCCGUCGGAAACCUGGCCUUCACUCCGUAUGCCGACGAACUAUAAGAUAGUGCUAUACCACCAUAGAAAAUGUGUAAUGUUUCGAGACGAUAAUUUAAUGAGAACAUCUUAGUAAUCAUGGAGUUAUUUAUUGUUUUCCUGAAUAAAUAAAUGAUUUGUUAUA